GUUUGAUUCCACUAAAACCAUGGAGUACUCCAAUUCAAGCAACACAGAUGAUCAUCCUCAAUGCUGCCUGGAAAUAGCCAUGGAGGUUCACAGAGUUGUCCCACCACCCCAUGAAAUAGCCAUUCGCAAGCUCAAAACCACCCUCAAAGAAACUUUCUUCCCCGAAGACCCUUUGCGCCAAUUCAAAGGCCAACCCGCCAACAAGAAAUGGAUCCUCUCGGCUCAGUACAUCUUCCCUAUUCUCCAAUGGGGUCCUACUUACAGUCUCAACCUCUUUAAAUCAGAUGUUGUCUCUGGUCUCACCAUUGCUAGCUUAGCCAUCCCACAGGGCAUCAGUUAUGCCAAGCUUGCUAAUCUCCCACCAAUUGUUGGUCUCUAUUCUAGCUUUGUGCCUCCUCUUGUAUAUGCUGUACUUGGAAGCUCCAGGGACCUUGCAGUAGGGCCUGUUUCCAUUGCUUCACUUAUACUUGGUUCCAUGCUUAGACAAGAAGUAUCCCCUGUCAAUGAUCCUGUCUUGUUCCUUCAACUAGCUUUUACUUCAACUUUCUUUGCUGGUUUUUUCCAAGCUUCUUUGGGAUUUUUAAGGCUGGGAUUAAUUGUUGAUUUCCUCUCCAAGGCGACGCUUAUCGGUUUCAUGGCUGGGGCUGCUAUUAUAGUUUCUCUGCAACAACUGAAAGCCCUUCUUGGAAUCACUCAUUUCACUAAAAAAAUGGGUUUGGUACCAGUUCUCAGCUCUGUUUUCCACAACACAAAGGAGUGGUCUUGGCAAACAAUACUGAUGGGCUUCUUCUUCCUGGUGUUCUUGUUACUGGCAAGAUAUUUUAGCAUUAAAAAACCAAAGCUGUUUUGGGUAUCAGCUGGCGCACCUCUGGUUUCAGUCAUCCUCUCCACCCUUCUGGUUUUUGCAUUCAAAGCACAGCGCCAUGGCAUCAGUGUGAUUGGAAAAUUACAACAAGGAUUGAAUCCUCCUUCAUGGAAUAUGUUGCAAUUUCAUGGAAGUCACCUUGGACUUUCUAUAAAAACUGGCCUUGUUACUGGCAUCAUCUCCCUCACUGAAGGCGUUGCAGUAGGAAGGACUUUUGCUGCUCUCAAGGAUUACAAAGUGGAUGGCAACAAGGAAAUGAUGGCGAUUGGGCUGAUGAACAUGAUCGGCUCCACCACUUCCUGCUACGUCACGACCGGUGCCUUUUCUCGGUCCGCGGUUAAUCACAACGCGGGGGCGAAGACCGCAGUGUCCAACGUAAUAAUGUCUGUCACGGUUAUGGUGACCCUCCUCUUCCUGAUGCCUCUAUUCCAGUACACCCCAAAUGUGGUGUUGGGAGCUAUCAUCGUGUCGGCCGUGGUCGGCCUUAUCGACAUUCCGGCUGCCUGUCAAAUUUGGAAGAUCGACAAAUUCGAUUUUGUCGUGAUGUUGUGUGCUUUCUUUGGUGUUAUCUUCAUCUCGGUCCAAGAUGGUCUAGCCAUUGCGGUUGGGAUAUCUAUUUUCAAGAUCCUCCUGCAAAUUACUAGGCCAAAGACAGUGAUGUUAGGGAACAUUCCCGGGACAAAUAUUUUCCGCGAUCUUGACCAUUAUAAAGAAUCGAUGAAGAUCCCCGGUUUCCUUAUCCUAAGCAUCGAAGCUCCGAUCAACUUCGCUAAUUCGACAUAUCUGAACGAAAGAGUAUUGAGAUGGAUAGACGAAUACAAAGGAGAAGAUCAUAAGACGCAAUCGAGCCUUCGAUUCGUGCUUUUAGAGAUGUCAGCGGUGAGCGGCAUUGACACGAGCGGCGUAUCAUUCUUUAAAGAACUGAAGAAGAUGGUCGAAAAGAAAGGCGCCGAGCUUGUGUUGGUGAAUCCUCUGGGAGAAGUGAUGGAAAAACUGAAGAAAUCAGAUGAAAGUGGGGAAUUCAUGAGACCGGAUUGCUUGUACUUGACGGUAGGGGAAGCUGUGGCUACGCUUUCAGCAACAAUCAAAGUGCAACCAUCCACUGACGUCUGAAAAACCAAAAAUGUAACUCGACAAAGCUAUCA